AUGGUAACCCCCGCCCCACUCAACGAAGCUCCUCAAACUAACGCCUGUCGUCUCCGCCUGGACGGCUCCCGGGCCCGCAAACCUUUUGGCACUUGCCUCACGCGCGCCACAGCCGUUGCAACCCCCAAUCCGUCCCUCAAUUCGUCCCAGACCCCUACGUGCUCCAAAGCAAUCUUCAGAUCAGCACGCUGGGGCCGAGCUCAUGAUCUCCGGCCAUCAAUCGCUGGAUUGCAAAUCCCGAGAGGAAACAUAAAUCCCACCUCGUCCUUGAUCAUGGUCUCGCUGUGCCCCUGCUUCCUCAAGCAAACAACAAAGAUGUUUUGUUCAUCCAGUCUUGUGUCCUGUUUUUAUGCUGCCUCGCUCCUCACCACUCAGCUAGCCGCCAACCCGGUCGGCUCAGCUCCCUUAAGCUUCCAAGCCGAGCCCCUCAGCCAAGUCGCCUCCUUCAAGGGCUGGCCAUCUGAUGCAGAUGAGCCAUCCCCUGACACUGUCUUUGCCAUCAGUUCAUCCCUCCAGCCCAACGAUGUGCACAAUAGUAUCUUGCCCAUCCCUUCCUUCUUUGUCGGCCUCUUUGAAUGCUUCCUCAACUGGCUCUCCCUCUUCAGUCCUGUUGCUCAUCCUGACCGCUAUGAGCACCACUUUGGUAAACCAAUUGAAUGUACCAAAUACACCAUAGGACAUGUGCUCGACGAGGUGCUCCACCACCCUUCCAAGCCCGUCUUCCGCUCCACCAUCUCAAGACGAGCGGUCAACAAUCCAGACGCGGAUUUCACCCUCUUUGCGCCGGACAAUGAUGCGCUCAUGCCUCCGUCCAAGAAGCGCCGCGACUUGAUGGGAGAACACAACAAGAAGGAACCCGAGAAGAAUUUCUUCCUUCAUGCCGUGGAGAUGGUCCUCAAGUACCAUGUCUCACCUGGUAGCAAGAGAAUCCACGAGAUUCUUGACAACAGCACCCUCCCAACUGAAAUCCUGAUCUUGCCCAUCCCGGAUGCACCAUGCCCGGGGAAAUCAUCCUACACCUUUUCACCUAAUUAG